CUGCUCUCGCGAUACCUGCCGCCGCCGCCGCCGCCGCAUGUGCCGCUCCGGAGGGGGGCAACGGCAGGAGCAGCGACCGCCGCCCCCCGCCCGGAGACCGGAGGGCCGCGCGGACUCGUGUGGUGGCCAUGGAUACCGCCGAGACAGCUGUUGUGGACUGUAAAGGAGACCAAAGGUGCAGCGCUAGACCGGAUGCCGACUAUCCCCUCCGAGUCCUCUACUGCGGAGUCUGCUCGUUGCCAACAGAGUAUUGCGAAUACAUGCCUGACGUGGCGAAAUGCAGGCAGUGGCUAGAGAAGAAUUUUCCAAACGAGUUUGCGAAGCUUACUGUAGAGAAUUCUCCUAAACAAGAAUCUGGCGUUGGAGAAGGUCAAGGGACAACUGGUGAAGAAGAAGAGAAGAAAAAGCAAAAGAGAGGAGGAAGGGGUCAGAUAAAACAGAAGAAGAAAACGGUACCUCAGAAAGUGACGAUAGCAAAAAUCCCCAGAGCAAAGAAGAAAUACGUCACGAGAGUAUGUGGUCUUGCGACUUUUGAAAUAGACCUUAAGGAAGCACAAAGAUUCUUUGCCCAGAAGUUUUCCUGUGGUGCCUCAGUAACGGGAGAGGAUGAAAUCAUCAUUCAGGGGGACUUUACAGAUGACAUAAUUGAUGUAAUCCAGGAAAAGUGGCCUGAGGUAGACGACGAUAGCAUUGAAGAUUUAGGAGAAGUCAAGAAGUGAUGCUGCUUUUUUAAAAUAACCCUGCCUUCCAACCAACACCAAGUUCUCGUCGUCGUAGCCGAAACAGACUUCCGCGCGUGUUUGCCUGAUAGCCGAACUGUCCCGGGGCGUCCUUACCGUUGGCAUUUUCACUGUUCCGUAAUGGCUGCAUAUUUUCUGUUUGUGACUUUUGCCAAAGUUUAAUCUUGGGGGAAGUGGGACUCUCUUGCUUCCGCAUGAAGUAGACAAUAAUCAAAUAAAGAAGUUAUCGCUCCUCACCAA